GUACCAUACUAAUAAAGCAAUAGGGCUAGGCCUUAUGUGUUAUUGUUUAUGAACAACAGUCAAUCAGCCUUGGGAUGCAAUUCCAAAGUUCAUAAGUUUUGUGAUAAUACGCAAUGUAGGUUUCUACACAUGUGAAUGGAUCGUUAUGGAUCGUAAAUGCAUAUACUCUUAAUUUAUUCCUCACUCUGUAUAAUCUGCCUCAGAGUGACGUCCGGAUUAAUCAUCUCUUUCUGACAUCUUUGUAGACGUAGUCAAGAAUGGCUCCUAUCCAGGAUGUAAACCCUGAUGUUUACAUGAAGAUCCCUCCCCAGAAAGAAGAGAAGAAGCCUGGUCAACUGAAUCAUGCACAGAUUCAACAGUAUUUUGAAGAGGGCUAUGUCAUAGUACCGGAUUUCUUCAAACCGGAAGAACUUGAGCCAGUUCGUGAAGGGGUGAAAUCCGAAGUAGAUAGGAUUAUAAACCAGCUGUAUAAUGCAGGCAAAAUCAAAGACAAAUACGAGAAUGUCGACUUGUUUCAAAGGAUGACAUGCGUGGAGAAAGAGUUUCCUGGUGCCGCCGUGCUACUUCACAAAGCUGGUAGGCUUCCACAGAGUUUUAAAGAUCUUUGGUCAGAUGCUAGGUUACUCAACGUAAUGGAACAACUGAUUGGACCAAAUAUUGCGGGACAUCCGGUCUGGAAUCUUCGCGUCAAGACACCACAAAAUGAAGAAGCAGUAGUCCCUUGGCAUCAAGAUAAUGCCUACCUUGAUCCCAAUGCUUUGAACGUUCUCCAAGUCACUGCGUGGAUUCCUUUACUAGAUGUUAAUGCGAAGAAUGGAUGCAUGCAGGUUGCUCGCAAAGGUCAUCGGAAAGGGGUAACAGCCAAACACCGAUGCUGUGUGGGUGGGACAUGGUACGUUGAGGUACUUGAAGAAGAUAUGAUAGAGGCACUGGGUGUAGAUAUGGACAAAGAUUUGGUGACCUGUGAUAUGUCGUAUGGGGGCGUCCUAUUAAUGAACAACUGCGUUCCACAUCGCAGUCUCACAAACCUAUCACACAAUAUCCGAUGGAGUCUGGAUCUCCGCUGGCAACGACCGGAUAAACCAAACGGUUUCUAUGGGAUCAAGGAUUGUGUCAUGAUGAGAAAAGAAGACGAUCCGAACUACAAACCGAUUUGGGCCGAAUAUGAAUCUUCAGAUCGUCAUACUAUUGCUAAGGAGGUCUUCAGUCAAAACAAGAAUCCUGAUUUGGAGAUUGAGAGUGACGACAUCGACUUCGAUACGACGAUUACGGGACCAUGGAUGCAGAGAUGGGAUCUAGUCUUUCAUAACAGACACACUCAAAACUUUAAACCAGAUGAUAAAUUCAACUGGGUGAAGGCUUAGUUAUCCCCCCCCCCCUCCCCCAUUUCCCCGACCAGCAAUAAUCUACCCCCGUGUCUACUUUUGCGUUCUUUAUUGUUCUUUUUGUACUCUUAUUGUAAAGAUUCAAAGUUAGGGUCCUUUAAAAAUAAAAGUAUAGGUCUAAAAAAUAUAGUAUUAAUUAAAGUCUCUUUACAACAACAGUAGUAACAAGGGAUCCACUGUCCCAUUAACUAGUACAUUUUCCCUAUUCUUGCGUUUGAGUUUUUUAUAUCAUUACCUCUUGUAUUAUUAUGCACAUCAUACCGACUCAAUUUACAUUUUCACAGCAAACUGAGUUGAGAUUCGGAGGAAAGAUGGAUUUUUAACAAACCAUGUUCCAUAAAAUAUUAUAUUAGAUAUAACCUGCUUGCCCGGGUCAAGUGAAAAUGACGUGCGGGCAAGCAUUAAUUUUCUCAAAGUCAAUUGCCCGAUCGGGCAAGUGGUUGUUUUGGAAAUAAAAUAAUAAAAUAUCAGUAGACCCUCUAAAUUUCAAUAUCUUUUGGAUAAUCACAACUAUCUCUCAUAAUUAUGUCAAACCAGUAAAACAAAAACAGUGGAAACUGAUGUAAAAUCAGCGCCAAUUACCAAUAAUUUAUCGCCAGGUACCUCGUUCGAAAAACCGUGCCAUCGCAUCUUACGUUCUAUGUGUGCAAUGACUGCGCAUGCGCUACUAUCUUGCGCAAUUUGCCGAUGCAAACCGAAAAAAAACCCACCAAAAGUAGCUAAAGUUUCACAUUUUGCAAAAAUCCAUGAAAUUGCCAUCUAUUUUCCUUAUUACCUUGAAAUUGUUUUGAUUUAGUUGGAAACUACCGAAAAAUGAAGAAUAUUCAGCUUUUUCUUGACUCUCUUUCUUGACUCUGAUUUAUGAUGAUGUUACACUCGGUAAAUGUUUUUUUAUUAUUGUGGUCCCACAUGUAGACUUUCAUGGUGUUUUUUUUUAACCCAUGAAAGUCUACAUGCGGGACUACAAUUAAAAAAAAUAUUGACCGAGUGUAACAUCAUAAAAUGAUGAAGAAAAGACAAGAGAGGGGUGAAUAUUAAUAAUUUUCUUGAUAGUUCCCAAUUAAAAAAGAAAUAUCAAGGAAAUAUGGAAAAUAAAUGACCAUUUCAUGGAUUUAAAGGUGCAAAAUGUGAAAUUUUAGCCACUCCACUUUUGAUGAUUUUUUUUUCAUCACAAAACGAUCUUUUUCAGAGUCAAUAAAGAGCAGAAUAUUUUUCACUUACUUUCUUUACACUUUCCAACUAAAUCAAAACAAUUCUAAGGAAAUAUGGCAAACAGAUAACCAUUUCGUAGAAUUAAAAGUGCAAAAUAGGAAAUUUUGGCAACUUUUGGUGAAGGUUUUUUUUUUUACCUUAAACGCCCAUUUAUAAAUAGCGAAAAGUUUUUUUCAAAAUAAACGUAAUGACUCAGGCCUUCGUUGCUGAAAACAACCUUUAAAUGGGUGUUCUUCUGUACUGUACAUGAUUAUCAAUUGUUGUUAUUUUGUAUGACCUUUAAAAAUAAGAAUAGUGCCGUCAUAAUAAAAAAAAAAAUAAAACAAAUUGGGCAAGCAGUUUUUUCUAUCAGGCAAGCAAUUUUUUUCAUCACUUGCCCUGUCGGGCAAGUGACAACAUUUUUUUUGUAGAGGCCUAUUAAAUCAGACAGUCUGACUUGAUUUCCUAUAUAUAAGAAUAGAAAUUAAUCGAUAAGAUCCUUGUAUAGCAAAAGUAUAUAUAUACAUAUAUAUAUUGGUUAUCAGUGGUCAAAAUUACCAGAGAUGAACACCACAUGCUGAUUCAGUGAGGUUACAAAGAGCACAUCCCUUUCGAUUAAACUCACGAUAUUCGAGGGGUCUGACAAUUUUCCCAUUUAAGAGCUGAUAAUGAUGUAUAUUAUGAUCACAUAUAUUUACUUGUCAUAUUUAUGGGAUAUUCAAUUGUCUUUUUGCCUAGUGAGAAACUUUGCUUUUGCCUGUCAGGAAAUUAUUUUCAAAUGUUACAAAAAUAUCACAACUUUCUGUGCCCCUCCAUUCGUGAUACACUAGAUCAGCCCCUUCACGCAAAAAAAUGAUAAAAAUUUGUUAACUAUUGCCAUAUUUAAUGUUAUCGACCCGUCUUCGUCAUUCUAAAAUAAUAUUUUGAUAUAUAACUGCGUUUCAAAAUGUGAAGAUUAUAAACAAUAAUUUGUACUAG